AUGGGACAAGACGCGAAACCGGCGGUCACCCCGCCGGUUAUCCCUACCGCGGAUUUAGAGUCGUUUGCCAAACAUCUCAAACGUUCCACCCGAAUCUUAGCUUUACUGGGAGCUGGUAUCUCUGCAUCCUCGGGGCUCCCCACCUUCCGAGGUGCUGGUGGAUUUUGGCGUUCAUAUGAUGCUACGGCUUUGGCCACUCCCGAGGCCUUUGAAGAGAACCCGGGCCUAGUGUGGCAAUUCUAUAGCUACCGCCGACACAUGGCUUUGCAGGCCAAGCCCAAUAAAGCACACUACGCCCUCGCCGAACUGUCACGAAUAAACAAGGAAUUCAUCACGAUAUCUCAAAAUGUGGACGGCUUAUCACCAAGGGCAGGACAUCCAGUCAAUAAGCUCCAUCUACUCCAUGGAUCAUUGUUUAAUGUUAAAUGCACCAAUUUUACUUGCGACUAUGUUGGCAAAGACGAUUUCACUGACCCUAUAGUCCCUGCCCUGGACAUUCCCAAGACGGGCAUCAAGUUGCCUUCUGCAACCGAUAACGAUAGUAAGACAGCAGCAGCAGCACAAACGGCAGUACCAGGAUCAGAACCAGAUGACUCAAAAUCAUCAACUGAAGUCGACAUUUCCAAUGCAGAAGUGCCCAUUCCGAAACUAGAACCUGCCGACCUACCCAAAUGCCCUGAAUGCGGCGGUCUUCUUCGACCAGGGGUCGUUUGGUUUGGCGAGCCUCUUCCUACUGUUACUAUGGAUACGGCCGAUGCAUGGGUAGCGAAGGAGAAAGUAGAUCUCAUGUUGGUCAUCGGUACUAGUUCCCAGGUCUAUCCGGCUGCAGGCUAUAUUCAUACAGCUCGGGCUGGUGGUGCCCGAAUCGCGGUUAUCAACAUGGACGAGAAUGAUCUAUCUGGUCGGAACUUACGAAAAGGUGAUUGGUUUUUCAAAGGGGAUGCUGCGACUAUUGUCCCGGAGAUUCUGAAGAGUGUUAUCGGAGAGAUUUGA